AUGGCGAGCACAUCUCACGUGCGGUGGUCCGCCAAGUUCCGCGCCACUCCGACUUCCAAAUCUGCCGCCCAUACCCUACCUCAUGGUGACAGGAUUGUCCUCCCCCAGUCCGCUCUCGAGGCCAUAAUGGCUGCCCCGCGGGUGGAGGAGAACCCAUACUCCACGCAUGACGCGCUCAGCCUGCCCUUCCCUCUCACGUUCCGCCUUGAGAACAAGGCCAAUGGACGCGUAGUAUACUCUGGGGUUCUCGAAUUUGCCGGCGAGGAAGAGAAAAUAGGGCUUACGCCGUACCUCGAAGGAGGACUUGGGAUAGAUUCAGCGCUAGAAGAGACUGAAAUCGUGGUAACGGCGACGCAAAUACCCAAGGGGACUUACAUACGACUUCGACCCUUGGAAGCCGGGUAUAACCCCGAAGAUUGGCAGCCCAUUCUCGAGCGCGAACUGCGGAAACACUUCACGACUCUAACCAAAGGCACAAGAUUGCACAUCCGCGGGGUUGGUGGUAAUGAGUAUAAAUUUCUUUUGGACAAACUGGAACCACAAGGGGAAGCGGUUUGCGUUGUUGACACCGAUGUUGAGGUUGACAUCGAGGCGCUGGACGAGGAGCAAGCUCGGGAGACAUUGAGGAUAAUAGCGGAAAAGGCCAAGGACCGGCCGACAGGAAACUCUGCUGGAGGAGAGAUGAACGUAUGGAAAGAUGUCGAAGGUCACAUUGCCCCCGAUUCAUACAUUGAUUACGAGUUACUCUCUUGGGAUCGCCAACAACCUCUCACCAUCGAACUGUUUAACUUUGGAGACGAAGACGGACUGGAUCUUUUCGCAAUUCCAAGCUCAACUCGGUAUAGGGUGGCGCCACGACAGGACCAACAUUGCUGGGGAGACUUUUCCUCAAAAUCCCAAGGCCACAAGUCGCUCACUAUACGACCCACUGAUCACGCGAUCGAAGGAGCAGAGAAGCUUCUCGUCUCCGUCUAUUCCUAUAACAAGAUAUCGGCGUCCGGCAAGGCAGCGGAACCGAAGCCCCAGCCGUUUUCCCUUCGAGCACGCGUCGGACAGGCCGCUCGAGCAGACGAUACUCUCACCAACGACACCCAAGGCCCAGACGACCACAAAAGAUGCGCAAACUGUGGACAGUGGGUGCCGAAAGCAUCCUUCUUCCUCCAUGAAAGCUUCUGUGUGCGAAAUAACACCACGUGCCCCGAUUGCCACCGGGUCUUCAAGAAGGGCUCAGACGAGCUCGCAAGUCACUGGCAUUGCGUGCAUGGAAACGCGUGCGAUUUGUACCCUGACAACUAUGGCAAUACCCAGCUCGGGCACGAGAGGCACCGGAUCGCAUACCACUCGCAGCACGCAUGCGCAUCUUGUGACUUCUCGACUCAUGAUCUACCCGAACUUGCCCGACAUCGAUCUACCCACUGUCCAGGCCGGCUCAUCCUGUGCAGAUUUUGUCACCUCGAGGUAACACAGGGCGGUGACGGAAUCGAGACACCGGAGAUGAAACUGACCGGCCUGACACCCCAUGAACUGGAAGACGGUUCCCGGACGACGCGGUGCGAUAUCUGCGAUCGGAUCCUCCGCCUUAGGGAGGUCGAGGCGCAUAUGACGAGUCACCGCCUUUCCCGGGCCUCGCAACCCACGCCUCCAUCAUGCCGCAAUGUCAACUGCGGCCGGACACUGUACGGGGUUGGUCCGCGCGGCGCCCACCUAGCACAGCCGCCUUCCGCCUCCGAUAGUCAGGGACUCGAGCUGGGGCUCUGUAACACGUGCUUUGCCCCAUUGUACUCGAGUGUCUAUGACCCCGAGGGGAAAGCCAUGCGCCGUCGCAUCGAGAGGCGCUAUCUCUUGCAGCUCAACACGGGCUGUGGUAAAUCUUGGUGCGCCAAUGAGUGGUGCAAGACGCACAGGGCAAAUGCCGGCCUGGAACCCCUGGGCGCCAGCAUAAAAGUCGCUCUUCCGCUCGUCAAGCCGCUGGUGGAAUCUGUGGCGGACAGGGAUUCCGCAAUGUUCUUCUGCGUCGACGAGACGAGCGCGCUUGGGAAAAUUGUAGCCGAUGAACUAGCAAAGGAAGGCAGGUAUGAUAUCGGUUGGUGUAUCGCAGCCAGCGAAGCAACGAAGGGGGACUUUAGUAGAGCAAGGGAGUGGUUAGAGUUGUGGGCAAAUGCCAAGGCGUAA